AUGACUCUGCCAAAGAAGUUUGCCGUUGUACAGUUUUACGAGGUCGCUAAUUUAGGCCAAAAUCCGUAUAAGAGCGUCCCAAAAACCUGGCUUGAAUUUGGAAACUCAGAUGACGUUUUUUUGCGCUACCCCACGGCGGAAGAACUGCCGUUCUCAAUUGAUCGUAUCAUCAACUAUGCACCUCCAUCACUGAGUUGGCCAAGACACGCAGCGACGUUCGUAUGUGAGCUCGAUACAUAUGAAGAAUGUUUGUUCCUGAUGGCACACAUGGAUGUCAAUUUACCUGAAGAAUACGCUAUCAUGACUUGGAAAAAGCUCAGCCGCGAGUUCAGAGAUAGACAGACUUGUCAGCAAUCAAGUUCGAUGUUCUAUCAGCUGUGGAAUUGGUUUUCAAGUUUUUUUAACCAAUAA